GAAUGGACAGGAGACCCUGGAGGCUGGAGAAGGGAGUGGUGGAGACACCAGAAGACUCGGUGGAAAGGAUUGUAGACAAGCGGAAGAACAAGAAAGGGAAAUGGGAGUACCUGAUCCGAUGGAAAGGAUACGGGAGCACGGAGGACACGUGGGAGCCGGAACACCACCUGCUGCACUGCGAGGAGUUCAUUGACGAGUUCAACGGGCUGCAUGUGCCCAAGGACAAGCGGCUCAAGUCGGGAAAGCAGCAGCCCAGCGCCUCCAAACUCCUCCGAGACAGCCGAGGGCCUUUGGUGGACAAGCUCGCCCACAGACCUUCAGAAGCGGCCAAGAGCAAAGGGGCUUCCCAUAAACGGAAGCGGAUCAACCCCUCCCUGCCCAAGCCGAAGAAAGGGCACUCCACGAAGCCCCCCGCGGGAGCCGACAGGGCCACCAAGACCGUGUCUUACAGGACUACCCCCAGCGGUCUGCAGAUCAUGCCGCUGAAGAAGCCCCACCACCACAGCGUGGAAAACGGGGACGCUGGCUCCGAGAAGGAUGAGCAGCCCUUUGGGAACGGGUCCCACGAGCCCGGCUUGGAUCUGAACGACCACGUGGGUGAGCAGGACGUGGGCGACUGUGACGUGAACCAUGCCGCCCUUGCUGAGAACGGGCUGGGGCCAGGUGGGCUUGGUCAUGUGCCCACAUUGGGGACAGACACCUUUGCAUGUGGGGAGGCCAAGCCACUGAUGCACUCGCCGAGCUCUGUCCUGAGUCCGAAAUUCCUGACUGCACCUCAAGACAUUCAGAGCCAUGGCUCUGGGGCUCUGACCAACGGGGGCCUGAGUCUGCACAGCCCCGUGAAGAGGAAGCUGGAGACGGAGAAAGACUACGUCUUUGACAAGAGGCUCAGGUACAGCGUCCGCCAGAACGAGAGCAACUGCCGCUUCCGAGACAUCGUCGUGCGCAAGGAGGAGGGCUUCACGCACAUCCUGCUGUCCAGCCAGACGUCAGACAACAACGCCCUGACGCCAGAGAUCAUGAAGGAGGUCCGCCGCGCGCUCUGCAAUGCAGCCACGGAUGACAGCAAGCUGCUGCUGCUCAGCGCAGUGGGCAGCGUGUUCUGCAGUGGCCUGGACUAUUCCUACCUGAUUGGCAGGCUGUCCAGCGACCGGAGGAAGGAGAGCACGCGGAUCGCGGAAGCCAUCAGGGACUUUGUGAAGGCUUUCAUCCAGUUUAAGAAGCCCAUUGUGGUCGCCAUCAACGGGCCUGCCCUGGGCCUGGGCGCCUCCAUCCUGCCCCUGUGCGACAUUGUGUGGGCCAGCGAGAAGGCUUGGUUCCAGACGCCCUAUGCCACCAUCCGCCUCACGCCCGCCGGCUGCUCCUCCUAUACCUUCCCCCAGAUCUUGGGCGUCGCGCUGGCCAAUGAGAUGCUCUUCUGCGGAAGGAAGCUCACUGCUCAGGAAGCCUGUAGCCGGGGGCUCGUGUCCCAGGUCUUCUGGCCAACCACCUUCAGCCAGGAGGUCAUGCUGCGGGUCAAGGAGAUGGCAUCCUGCAGUGCCGUGGUCUUAGAAGAGUCCAAAUGUCUCGUGCGGAGCUUCCUGAAGUCGGUGCUGGAGGACGUGAACGAGAAGGAGUGUGUGAUGCUCAAGCAGCUGUGGAGCUCGUCCAAGGGCCUGGACUCCCUGUUCAGCUACCUGCAGGACAAGAUCUACGAGGUCUGAAGGACCACGGCUCCCUGGCCCCAACACUCAAGGGUGCCUGCCUUCCAGCGUUGCCCUGUGUCUCAGAAAUCAGAGCACAGUGUGCCCUGGCCAAGAAGCUUGUCGAGGUGUCCCUUCGUACCUAGGGUUGUGUCCAUGUCUUUGUGUCCUUUGGUUGCUCCCUCGUUGGUUUCAUUUUGUGUAGCAGAUGGGAAUCGCAGAAUACUUGGCCUCCACCCUGCCCACCCCCACUCCCCUAGGCAUCCCUGCCCCUCUGGCUGGAGAGCUACCGAGGGCUAUCUCUUCCCAGGCUCUGCCAGGCCCCCACGCUCCCCCGUCUUUGUCCCCACUCACUGAAAUGCAUCGCCGCGGUCCAGGAAAGGGGAGACCAUCAUCCCCCAUCCUUCUGACUCAGGCUGUGUCUACACAGUGCCUCUGGCGGGGAGACCCGGCCGCCAUGGCUCUCUUGGACUGGGUGCAGCUUGGGUGGCAGGGGAGAACUCUUCUUAGAGCUGUCCCAGACUGGUGAACAAAGCAAUCGUGUUGACCUUGCCUCUGCGCUGUCCUCUCCGACAUGCGCCUGUGUGACCUUCAGGCCUUGGUCUUCAAACCCAGCGAGUGAUUGAUUUUUGCCACCCCCUGAAUAGUGUACAUUUAGAGAUGUUUUUGUUAAAGCUAUAUUUUUUACACCGAUGUAAGGCGGGAAUUCUGAUAAUUUAUGUGUAUUAUAUGUAAAGCUAGUUUUGCAAGAACCACCACCCCAGACUCCUCGGAAAACUUGAUUCCCCACCCCUCCCAGAAUCAGACUAUUUAAGUUAUUUAUUUGUGUUUAUAUAAUGCUGUGUCUGUUGCCUGUACAGAUGGUACCUUCGUGCUUCCCUGGACCCGAGCACAUGCAAGGUUCUUGCCGUUGGUGCAUUCUAGCAAUGGCCUCUGUAGAGAUGAAACUGAGGUGGCCGGCAGAGGAAGGACUACAGUGGGUACAAGGGCGGGCUUGGUACCAGGCCCACUGAGGGUCAAUUGGGUCUCAAAUACUAGCCCUUGAGCCUGUCCUUAGGGGAACUCAUGGGAGGGGUUUCUCUUCACUUGGCUGCCUUUUCGGAGAUAAAGGGUCCUCCCAGCCCAAAGGGUAUACAAACCUACAGUUCUUAGCAUGUUUAACGUUCUUAACAUGUUUAACAUCCCCAAGAGGUGGGGGAAUAAGGCCCUUACCGAGGGACCCCGCAUUGUCUAGAAUCCGGCUCCUUUGCUUGGGGGAAAUGCUUGAACUUGGUCCUAAGGGUUUGUUUCUUCUGUUAUGUCCUGAUUUGGGUCUUCCUAGGAGGGUGAGACAGAGUUCUCACUCAGCUGAGCUAUCAGCCAAAGGUCUACAUCGUCCUCUCUCCAAAUGUCCAGACAAUCCAUAUAUUUUUUUCUCUCUCUUUCAUUCUUAACUGUCACCGACCCAAGGUAGCAAUGGCCAGCAGCUGGUCUCUGACCAUCAGACUACAGUCCCAGAGUCAGCUGCCGGGAGGGAGGAGGGUUUGAUUUUGACUUAGUUGGUGAGGACAGAACUAAUCUCAAUGAACAGGAGAACCUUCUACAUGAAGCUACGCCUGGUCUGAGUUGGGCGCCCAGAGAAAGGUCGAUGCUCGAGGUGUUGGGGGUUUUCCAUGCCCAUGGCUAACCCUGUGGUCCCGGCCCGUAUUCUCUUUGCCUCCAGCAGUCACCAGCCACUCUGGUCCCUGGAGGUGUUGAGUGGAUCAGUCAGUAUCUGGGGAGGCCUGGCUGGGGGAGAUGAGGAGGGCUGAGAAGGAGAGAUUGGUCCUCUCUAAGUGGCGCAGGGCAGGUCAAGCGGAAGGACCCGUGGCCCUGGAGCUUUUUUGGUCCAGAGAACAGGUUGAGUGUCUACACCAGAGCCAGGAAGGAUCCUUUCACAGUGACUCUCAAAUUCUUUAGGACACUUGAUCCCUAAGACACCCUUGGCACCUUCUACGGGAAAUCCUCCUUGAGUUUCCCCAGGACUGCUUGACGGUAAGGGAGGAGAGGAAACUUCUUUCUUCUUCUUGGGCCUGUGCCAUCUUGGCCAUUGGAGCUGGCAGGGAGCAGCCACCUUGGCUAAGUCCAGGCAGAGGAAGACGAACUCAAGUGUCCUGGGUACCUUCCGUUUGGUCCAUUUGGGUCCCGCAUGGGGAAUGCUGUCGGCACACACCUGCUUCCGCUCAGUGUCGGUUGUUACAUACCCACUUGGAGAAAGCCAACGCGGGCUUGUCCAGAGCCCUCAGACAUCCCUCCUGGCUUGAUUCGUGUGUCAGACAAUCCCUCCACCACCACUCCCUCCUUCAAAGGAAGCGCCCCUUUCUGCGUAGCUUCCGAUGUGGGGCAGCUCCAGUGAACAUCCCUAGAAAAGGUGUCAGGAUUCUUAACUGGACAUGGAAGAGCAUGUUUGGGAAUUCCUUUGGAUCCACACCCAUCUGUUCCCUGCUGGAAGAGCCAGGCUUGGUGUAGCUUCGGCUGGACCCCCACAUCAUAAACACUUUUAUGGAUCUCGCCUGAGGACCGAGCUGUGGAAUCGUGUCUGAAAUGUGGAGUUCAUGUUAAUUUCUAGGUUGUGGAGCUCACGGGCAGUGUUUCAGCUAUUUCCCUGUAAUCCAUUUGCUUACGGAUGUCUUGCCAGGUUGGCAAAUGUUGGUCAGGUCUGUCUGCUUACCUUUUGCUUGCUGACCAGGUAGACUGAACCAGUGAAAUUUUUAGUUUUCCAGAUAAUUUUUUUGAUAAUGUGUCGAAGAAAUUUGCUGACGGCCAGUUGGCCCAAGACCAGACCUGUGUUGUGUUGGGAGAUUUAACCCUGACAGUUGUCUUGGGACAAUGCUCCGGCUUCAUUUGAAAAUGUUUCGACAGUAGCACUGCUGUCUUUCAAUAGGAUCCAUUCUUCUCUUUCUCUCAACUGCUUUGCCCCUGCACUGUCCCAUGUCCAUCAUUCCCUAGAGCUGGGUGGGCCUGUGAGGAGUCCAGGGUGCCCUCCCUGUUUCCUCAGGGGCUGGGAGAAUGGCUGGGGGUGGAAGGUUGACAUCUCCUUGGUCAAGGAAGCUUUUCCAGGCAAGCACUGCCCCCCUAGUGACUGUGUGUCUGGACUUACCUUUAUUCUGUCCCCCGGACCCCCCAGAUGCUUAGUGCCUAUUGUAUCGGGGUGAAGACAUUCGUGUUAACGCCCCGUUAAAGGAGGACUCCUUGUGGGACUUGGCCAGGGCAGUUGGACGCCUUCACCACUCGGCAGCCAUAGCCUACUGCCAAUGCGCCUUCGCCCCUCUGCUUUGGAAUAAUGCCUUUGAGCGUAAAGCAUCCACGUGACCCGCGGAGCAUGCAUUCGGAUUGUAGGUGAAGGUAGAUGAAACCAGGAAAUGUUCCCUCUGACGCAUGGAAGUCGGUUUUCCAUACGAAGUUGAUUGUUAGGAUGGGAAAAACAAACAAUCAUCAAAUCAGACCCGGAACCAGGCC